GUGCUGAUUUAUCAAUCCAUCGGCGUGGUCUAUGGAGGCCUUGGUACCUCUCCUCUCUAUGUGUACCCCAACGUUUUCAGCUCCACGCCAUCACCCGAUGAUGUCCUGGGGACAAUGUCCCUCAUCUUCUGGACUCUCACCAUCGUGGUCAUCUUCAAAUACGUUUCACUGGUGCUGCACGCAAAUGACAACGGCGAAGGUGGCACAAUUGCGAUGUACUCGCUGCUCUGCCGCCAUGCGCGGAUCAGCGCCUUCAAUCAGGUUCCUGAAGGGGAGGAUGCAGUUGGGGCAGAUGGCAUAUUGGCUGAGCAACAGUGCGCACAGCCGAAGAGGGCACGGUGGCUGGAGCGGAGCAAGCCAUUGCAGAAGGCUCUACUAGGCAUUGUGCUGCUGGGCACGGCCUUCAUGUUCUGCGACGGCAUCCUCUCUCCAGCCGCUUCUGUGGUUUCUGCUAUGGCGGGGGUCCAGGUCAUCAACCCACACAUGAGCAAUGAGGCGAUUGCGGGCAUCAGCUGCGCGAUCCUGCUUGCUCUGUUCUCCAUUCAGCGCUUUGGGACGGCCAAGCUGGGAAUGGCCUUCUCUCCAGUGCUCCUCUUGUGGUUUCUGGCCAAUGCUGCCCUCGGCGUUUACAACAUCGCACGGUACAUGCCAGAUGUGUUUAAGGCUGUCUCCCCGCACUACGCAUUCAGAUAUUUCCUGAGCAGCGGCCGGGCGUCCUGGGUGUCUCUGACCGGCAUUGUCCUCUGCAUCAGCGGCAGUGAAGCCACCUACGCUGACAUGGGCCAUUUCUCCCACCGGGCCAUCACUAUUGGGACGCUAGGCCUGGUGUACCCCAGCCUGCUCUUGAUUUAUUUCGGUGAGACGGCGUACCUGGCAAACUUCCCAGAGUCCUACGCGCAGUCGUACUUCAAGUCCAUUCCGGAGCCCCUCUUCUGGCCGUUCUUCAUCAUAGCCAUGGCCAGUGCGCUUGUGGGCAGCCAGUCCCUCAUCACCUCUGCCUUCUCGGUCGUCCGCCAGUCUGCAGUCCUCUCAUGCUUUCCCUCUGUCAGGGUGGUGCACACUGGCAAAAAGGUGGAAGGGCAGAUCUACAUCCCAGAAGUGAACUGGGUCCUCUGUAUUCUGGGCAUAGCCCUCGUUGCUGGCUUUCGAGACACCACAGCCAUCGGCAACGCCUUUGGUCUCGUGGUAGUAAUGGUGAUGGUCAUCAUCACCAUCCUCAUAACAGUGGUCAUGCUGGUGGUUUGGGACUGGCACCCCAUUCCUGUGUUUGCAAUCUUUGCCUUCCUUAUCGGCAUGGAGGGCGUCUACCUCUCGGCGGUGCUCUACAAGGUGCCGCAGGGGGGCUGGUUCCCCCUGGUGGUGGCGGUGGUGGUCCUGUGCAUCGCUGCAACAUGGCACUGGGGGUCUCUCUUGCGCCUGCGCCACAGCCGCGCGAGAUCCCAUGACCUCGUUGAGGAGCUUCUGCGCGAGUCAGAAACCCCCGACACCAACAGCACCCGCAUUCCAGGCAUUGCAGUGUAUCUGGGCGAGCACGCGUUCGGACUGCCCUCCGGCUUUGUGCAUGUCCUGGAGACCGUGGGCGUCGUGCACCACACCGUCGUCUUCCUGACUGUGCAGCAGGUGCCGCUGCCAACUGUGUCACAGGAGCAGCGAUUCGAGGUGAGGCAGCUUGACAUGCCGGGCUUCUACCGCGUGCUCUGCCGCACCGGCUACACGGAUACACUUGUGCGCGACGCUGCCUUCCUGGACGGCCUCCUGCAGUCCAUAGUGGAGGAGGCGCGCUACAAGGCCAUGGCCGCCAAGUGA